AAUCAGGGUGGAGGAAGAUUCAACCGUGGGGGAGGGGGGGAGAGAGUUUCCAGUAUAGAAAGAAAGAGGGAGAAGUAGACAAAUCCAAAGGGGAUUUUCAACAACAUAGCAGAAAUCUGGAGGGGUUUGGGCCCAGAUUCACACCUGGUACCUCCAACUACCAGGGGGAUGGAGGAGAGAGGCCGAAAUUAGAGACAAAAGUCGUUGCUGAAGACAGAGAGAGAGAAGCGAGCAAACAUGAGGUUGAUCGAAUUGGAUCUGAGGGCAAAGAUGACACAACAGGGGCGGGUGCUGUAACAGGACUUGGGAAUCAGACAGAAGGGAAGAAGGACUCUGAGGGUGAUAUUGAGUAAGGAAAUCCCAUACACAACAGAGACAAUAAUAAGAAAGGAGAUAUUGAUGCUAGAGCAGGAUAUAGACAGAAUCAGAGCAAUUGGGGGGGUGCUACCAAGUUUGCACAGAGAGAGGGAUCUGAUCAAAAUAAGAAUGGAGCCAACCUUAGGGUGAUGUGCAACAAAUGCAAGGAUUUCAGACAUCUGACUAGGGAAUGCAAAAUCCCAGACUGCAUUAUCUGUGGAAACAAUUCUCACAUUACAGAGGAUUGUAACUGGCUAAAGCAGAUAAAACCACUUCCCAAGUUUGUUGGAUAUGCUGUUAGAGGUUUGGGAGUGCUGCUGAUACAGAAUUCUAAGGAAGUUGUGAACAGUGAACAAAUCAAUCCAAUGGAAAUUAUCACUAUUGCUUUUAGAGAAAUUAAUGAAACUCAGUUCCUGGAAGGCUUAAAUUACAUGUUUAAGUGGGAUUGGCAAUGGAGAUGCAAGAAACAUGGAGACAUGGAUUAUCUUAUGAGAUUUCCAAAUAAGAGCAGACUGAUUGAACUUCACAAAUUUGGGAAUUUCAACCUCCUAGGGACAAAAGCUGUCAUCAAUGUAGAUAGUUGGACUUAUGACACACAAGCCAUAGGGAAGCUUCACACUAUGUGGGUGAAAUUGUGGAAAGUGCAUGAAUGUUUCAGACACUUCUUUGGUGCUUGUGAGGUGGCUGCUACAAUUGGUGCAGUACUGGAGAUUGACAUGACAACAAUUUUGCAGGAAAAAAUAAGAGCCAAGGUAGGGGUGAGAGACUCUGAAAAAAUACCCAAGCACACUCAAGUGACUGACAAGGACCUCAUGAUAUACAUAAUGACUUUGGAGCUAGAAAGGGUGAUAGAACAGGGUUGGUAUGAAGACAAAAGAAAACAUGAAGACAUUGAGACAGACAAGGAUACAGACUCAGAUGAAACGAGAAAGAAAAUCAAAAUUGGUGGAGUAGAUGCAGAGGGGAGCAAGGAAAACAUUUCACUGGGUUGUGUAGGGCUUAAGCAGUUUGAGGAAAUGAAGAAGAAGAAUGAUGAAAUUCUAAAUAUUGAGAAGGAAUAUCUGGCUGAGGUUGGAAUGAGGAAAAAAGUGGAAGCUGGUCUAGGUAAAGUACUACAAAAGCUACAGGAAAUGGAAGAAAAUAAAUGUAGACAGGAAGCCUGGAGGGUAGUGGAGGAGAAAAGGCAUAAUUCCUAGGAGGAAGAGAAAAAUAAUAUGGUGCACAUGAUCAAGAAACAACAAGAGCUGAUAGACAGAUGUAUGGAGAAGAUUUAGCUUUGGGAUGAAAAAGAACUGACUGGGGAGGAUCUUGGAGAGAAAAAUUAUUAUGACAAAGGUAUCUCACAGGAUCCACUGAUUGAAGACAACUACAUUGAAACUGUGGACUACAAUGCCAGCCAGGAUUCUGUGGAGUCUCUGGGGUCCAAAUUGGGCAUUGCUGCUAAAGAAGACAGGGACACAGACAAGGAUAAGGACAAAAAUGGACCUACUAGAAGAAGUGACAGGAACUUGGACAAAAAAGAUGAUAUGGUUGAAGAUUUGGCCAAGGAAAGAGCUGCUGACAAGGAUAAUUAUGAAAAAGGACCCAGGAGAAAGAACGCUGAUGCUGGGGGCAAGGCUCAUCGAACAGGUGGCAAGUGGAAUUUACAAAGCUUCGCAGGGCUGGCGCUUCGGAGUUCCAAGGCUGCAAAUGUGAAUCUUCGGGGAGAAGAAUCUUCAGAUCUUGUCAUUUGUUGCAUGUGUCUUCAGCUCGCCUCCUUUUGGAUGGAUUGUAAUAAACUUUAGCGAUGUCUGAUGAGGUUAUGUACCUAGGGUAGGGUCAUGGACCUAUCUAGGAUACCAUGCCCUAGGACAUCAUCAU